AUGCUCAGAUCCUUCGCCAGAUCACUUGCCACAGGCGUCCAGGAGGCGCUGUUGCUGGUCGGCAAGCCACCCAAAUACACUCUAGCAUCGCUUCGGAGCUUUCCUUCUCUUGAGCCCCACACUGUCGUUCCAUAUCCAACAGACUUCUUGAACAAGCCGCUCAGAAGAGACUUCUUGUGGAGUGCGGUGGUUUUUGAAGCCGACAGAGCUCGUGUUGGCUCUGGAUUCGUUCCAACAAAAGGAGACAAGCCAUUUUCCAACAGAAAAUUGCACCCUCAGAAGGGUACCGGUAGGGCCAGAGUUGGUGAUGCUAACUCGCCCAUCAGAGAUAACGGCUUGAAGGCCCAUGGUAUCAAGGCUCCUCACGACUGGCUGACCAAGUUGCCCAAGAAGGUUUAUGCUAAAGCAGUGCAGACCGCUUUCAGCGAACAGUAUAGAAAUGGGCAAUUGUUCGUCAUUGGUGGAGAGCAGAAGGGAGAUUCAGACGGUCUACUUGUGGACUUCCAGUAUGCUUACCCUCAGCAGAUCGAGCAAUUUGUUGAAACUCACGACUUGGAGAGAUUAAGUCUUCUUUUCAUUACCGACGUGGAGAGAGACAACUUGUUGAAGGCUACCGAGAGCCUUGGCAAGAAGGCCGAUGUGGUCACGAAGGAGGCCCUCGAGGUGAGAGACUUGUUGAAGGCUAACAGAGUGUACAUUGAGGAGGCUGCCUUGAACUGGCUUGUGGCCCAGCACGACAUCUAA